UUAAAUCUUUUAUUCACCUUUCGUGUUCCAUAUUAGUUUGUGUGAAUCUCCGCGAAAGCGAGAACUUCUUUUGUCUUUUGUCUUCUUUUUUUCUUCAAGUUUUUUUGGGAUAUUGCGACAAUGGGAGCUGUGCAUUUUAAGUUGGAUAGAGGUUUGUUAGUGUGUUUAUGGCUGUUGGGGAUUAUCUCGCUAUCAUGCGCAGCGAGGCAUGGCGCUUCAAGACAGAAGUUUGAAGUGAAGAAGCACUUGAAUAGGCUCAACAAAUCUCCUGUUAAGACCAUUCAGAGCCCAGAUGGAGAUAUAAUUGACUGUGUUCCUAUCUCAAAGCAGCCAGCUUUCGACCACCCUUUCCUCAAAGAUCACAAGAUUCAGAUGAGGCCUAAUUACCACCCUGAAGGGCUAUUUGAUGACAAUAAAGUAUCUGCAAUAUCAAAGGAGAAAGAAACGCAUAUUCCUCAGUUGUGGCACCGGUAUGGCAAAUGUCCUCAAGGAACCAUUCCGAUGAGGAGGACAAAGGAGGAUGAUGUGUUGAGAGCUAGUUCAGUUAAAAGAUACGGCAAGAAGAAACAUAGAACCGUUCCUAUUCCUAAAUCUGCGGAACCUGACCUCAUUAACCAAAAUGGUCAUCAGCACGCCAUAGCUUAUGUGGAAGGAGAUAAGUACUAUGGAGCUAAGGCGACUUUAAACGUGUGGGAGCCAAAGAUACAGCACACAAACGAAUUCAGCUUGUCGCAGAUAUGGCUUUUGGGUGGUUCCUUUGGACAAGAUCUUAACAGCAUUGAAGCUGGUUGGCAGGUGAGCCCGGAUCUAUAUGGAGACAAUAAUACAAGACUCUUCACUUACUGGACUAGUGAUGCCUAUCAAGCUACUGGUUGCUACAAUCUUCUUUGCUCAGGGUUUAUUCAGAUCAACAGUGACAUAGCAAUGGGAGCAAGCAUCUCACCAGUCUCUGGAUAUCGUAAUUCCCAGUACGAUAUCAGUAUCCUAAUCUGGAAGGAUCCUAAGGAGGGACAUUGGUGGAUGCAGUAUGGGAAUGGGUACGUUUUGGGGUAUUGGCCAUCGUUUCUCUUCUCCUACCUAACAGAGAGUGCAUCGAUGAUCGAAUGGGGAGGGGAAGUUGUGGACUCGCAAUCAAAUGGGCACCACACUUGGACACAGAUGGGAAGCGGUCACUUCCCUGAAGAAGGUUUCAGCAAAGCAAGUUACUUUAGGAACAUUCAAGUCGUUGAUGGAUCUAACAACCUUAAAGCACCAAAAAGACUCGGGACAUUCACUGAGAAAUCCAACUGUUAUGAUGUUCAGACAGGAAUCAAUGAUGACUGGGGACAUUUCUUCUACUACGGUGGUCCUGGCAAGAACAAGAACUGCCCAUAACUCAAGCAUGUGUUAGUGUCUACUUUCUCUUUCAGUCUUGUAAAAUUUCCUCCUCAUUGGAUAGUAUUAGGCUGUAGUAAUUAGUGAUGUAUUGUGUAAGCUCUCUCUAGGUGAUGGGAAGUUUUGAGGGUUGUCUGAUUUUUAACUUUGUAUUAAAGUGUUAGUAGUAGUAGUACUCUCCAUGUAAGUAGAUGGGGGACAAACGAAGGUGUGUGCCCCCUCAAGUUUCUUAAAAGCUCAGAGAAACUUUGGGACCCUUUAAGUAUAUUUCUACAUUGUCUCUUACUUGUAUUCUGAGAUGUUUCUCUUUUGAAAGAGUUACUAAUUUCAAUUACUAUAUGA